AUGUUUCUGUAUUUGAUGAUGAAAAUUUAUUGUAAUAAAAAUUUAUCGGAUUUAGAUUUGCCGAUGAAGUCAGGUGGAAAUCAGUUGCUUUUAACAAGUGGAAUUGUUGGAUAUCAUGUUGGACCAUUGUCUGGUAAUUUUGCUCAUUAUAUAAUAGAACCAAUGGAAACAGAUGACAUGAAACAUUUCGUUGAUAAAUGGUUUCAAGCUGUUCAUACACAAUUAUUGCAACUUUUGACGAUUAAAAUUCAUAAUCCUAAUAAUAUUGGUUUCGGAGAAUUAUCAUCAAAUCCAUUUUUAUUAUCAGUUAUUUGUGAUUUAUCAUUUCAUAUGCACGGUGAAACAUUACCAACACAACGUAUUCGAUUAUAUCAAGAAGCUAUUAAUUCAAUGAUGAAUCUUUGGCAAAAUAAAUUAAAUUCAACUAUUGAUGCUUCUAAAUUGAAUUGGAUUCUAUGCAACUUAGCAACACAUAUUCACCAAUAUUCUGCAUCAAGUCUCAUUAAAGAAUAUGAUUUAAAACGUUCAUGUAUUCAUGCAUUGAUUACCUAUGAUUCACAAUGUAAAACUCUACAAACAAAAGCAUUAGAAAAUGAAGCAAAUGAAUUUAUUCAUAUGAUACGAGAAGAUGUUGGUAUUUUAGCUGCACGUGGUAAAUUUGUUUAUGGAUUUUUACAUUUAACAUUUCAAGAAUAUUUUACUUGUUUACAUAUGAUUAAUUUACAGCGAUCAAAAUUAAAAAUAAAAAAUGAUCCUAUGAAAGUUGCUGAUUUAUUUUAA